CUCUUCCCGACUUAUCUAGGAAGAUCGAAGGAGACUCUGUUCGCAGGGUACAGUGAAGAAAACUAUUCAUAGAAAAAAGUUUUAUAGAUAAGUUUUAUUUUUGUGACAAAUCAACUACGUUUUUACUUCGGCGGAGCGCGAAGUAAAGGAAUCGCGACGCUCAGGAAUGUCCCAAAGUUGCUUUUUUUGGGACAGGAUUGGGCACGUAAAGUCUGCAGGUUUUGUGUUUAAUUCUGGAGAUCACUUCGAUUUCCUUGAUUUAUUCUUUAACUUAUUGGAGGAAGAAAGGAGUAUUAUUUUGGCUUUCCCGGGGUUUGAGCCGACUCACCUGUGUGACCUGUCAGAUCAGAAGAGACUCUAAGUCAAGGGAUUAGCCGUUUGCGCCACUGCGACCGAAGGUAGUUUGGGAUACGAAAAAUAGCUAUGAAAUUAUACCCUAGUUUCUUGACAAGAUUGGGCUCGCAAGUUCGUGACGUUUCGGCUUGUUUCGGCUAUUUCUAAUCACGAAAUGAGACCGGAAUCUUGAGAUCACUUCGAGUUUAGUCUUUAAUUUACUCGAGCAAUAAAUAGAAUUACAUGGCCGCGCAGAGACAAUAAAUUUCUCUUCGAGUGUUGAAAAAUAUCAUGAGUGAACGCUCCUUUCGAACUGUUUUGCGAUGAAUUUAAAGUUACAAAAUGCUGCACAAAGACGUUUUGUCUUUGUUGAGUGUUGCGUGGUAAAAUUGCCGUCAUGCCUUGCGUGACUUUCUCGAACGUUCUCUACGUUUUUGGAUCAUUCAUGAAUAAUUAAUUAGGGCAUGUCUUCAUUUCAGCAUGAGUCAGCAGAUUUGCAUCAGUUAUAUGUCGAAAAGCUACAACUAUUCGCCUGUUUAGUGUUUUCUAGAACCUUAUGUGAAACGGUAUACAAGUUCCAAGCGAGUUGUUUUGACGAACUAAGUUUUUUCCCACGAGCUGAAGGUCGAUUUUUAUGUUCUGUGUUUACAAGUUGGCGGAGGCCGUAAGAUAUCUGUCUGUGACAGUUAUUAUUGGCAGAGGCUGUUUAGUUUUACUUAAGUUCAAGUCAAUUUUUGUUGGCGGAUGCUGUGUUUUAAAGCUCCGUAAAGACUAUGUUCCUGAGUACAUGAGACUGUUAUGCUGUUUUUGAAACCUGAUGUAAAAAAAAUAGAGAAUUACUUUUUUACUGUUUGUUUUGUUAGACUUGUUACUCACCGCUAGUCAUCUCAUAUAUUUCACUUGGGUCUAAACGUUUAGACCCAAGUCAAAUUUAAAAGGAUUUGUAUAGAGUCAUCAGAGCAUAACUGGGCUAAUAUCUAAGAGACAAUUUGCCCCGAAAUGCUAGUUUUUGGCAAGUAGGCCUCUUGGAUGUUGCUCUUCAGAAUAUCCUGACAAAUCCCAUAAUUUCACAAAUGGACACCUUACUCUCACCAUAUAUCAUUUCUUACUAUUCCUCUGCACUUUCAGUUAACCAGUUCCACAACCAUUACGCCGACGUGUACGCCGAAGUGUACGCUCUUGUCUAGUUUUACUUUUGUGGCUUUCCCACAGUCUAUCUGCAGGACUGUGUAGUAUAGAGUUAAGAUUCAUACUUCAUAUUACCUAGCGUGAAACCACUAUAAUUAUGAUGGUUACACCACGUACUUAAACUCUCUCUAAGCUUAUCCGCUGACCAAGAAAGCGAAAAACUAAUCCAAGAAGAAACUCCCAAACAUGAAUGAUUAAGUAGCCCUAAUGUUGGUUCAGAAAUAUACGCAUAUUUUGAUUUAGAUGUGAUACUUUGCUCAGCUCAUCCACUUGACAGACGCUUUCUCGAGCAGCAGAAGUCAAAACCGUAUAUUGUAACGCAUUUGAUUUGCUCGGUGUUCUAUGUUAAUUACUCUCGUUACGAAUGGUUGAAAUUCAGCAUCACGGAUAAACUAAUUAGUAUAUCGAUGUAAAAUUUACGAAGGUGAAUCAACAAAAUUAAAAUCGCUAUAAAACCUUAUUAUUUUACUAAACCAAUUUUUUCACUACUUUUGAAAAGAAAAAGUUCGGAAGCUAACGCUAUCUAUUUCGAUGACAUAUUUUUACAUAUAAUAUAAGGUCCUUUUUCAUUUAUUAUUUAAAGUGAGUAUAGAAAUCGGCCACUUUUUUUUGAGAAACUUAUUAUACCAAUGUUUAUAUCGGUUGAUUAUCAGUACGAUUAGCAGUGACCUAAAAUAUUCAGUCUGAGGUAAAGUAAUUGGGACAAUUGUACAAACCUACCACGGCUUGAAAAAUGCAGUUUAAGCCCGUGCUUUAUUUGUUCCUGCUCACCAAUUAUAACAAAAAAAACAUUUCUUUUCAACUGUUCGAUUAAAGCCAUUUCCUAGAAUUCUAAGCCCUUUGGAGCCUAUCUUGUACCCAAGAACAAUUUACUCACGGGUAAUUUUAGUGCUUAAUUGAAUGUAAAUAAAACGAAUCGAGGAGUCUUUUUGAUGAGAAUGGGACACCUGUCGUGACUACAAGAAAGAUUAUGAGAUAUUUCAAUUCUUCUUGGUGUAGAACUUUAUAAAGUGUCCAUGUUAGUACUGCAUAAUAAUAUGAUCUUUUGAUUAAAACAAAUAUAACUAUGAUGAACAUUUUUAGUAAGCCGAAUGCUGUUGUUGAUAUUUAUCAUUUUGACUUAAAGGUUUCCUCUUCCACUUGAAGAACACACUCGUCUACUUCAAUAAGUCCUUAAGCCGUGUUGAAUUGCAGACUCAGCUAUCUGGGAUAAAUUUGAAAGUAAAUUAAAACAUAUUAUAGCUGAACUGAGAGUCAUAAAAAUGUCAUGCACGCCAGAUUUUUAUCACAGAUUUUUUUCGUGAACAUUGUUUGAUACCAUGUAACACCCUGUCACUAAAUUUUGACCUUCAAUCCAAACAUAUGAUAUUAGUUUUCUACAAUAGUACUUCGUUGCUGUUACCUCAGCAUUUUACAUAUCUAAGCCAUUUUUGGCUUAGAUAUGGACAGUAAACCUACAAAGGAAAGCACGUUGAAUGGACCUCAGAAGAAGAGAUCAAAUAUGCGCAUCUACCCAAUGUGAAUGAUUAUAGAUCAUUAUACGUGUCUCAAAAGUUGUGGUCGUCAAUGCGUUGUUUAAUAUGCUAAUUAUAUUCUUAAUAAAAAUACAAACAGUGCGUUUGAAAUUACCCACAAAUAUUUUUUUUCCGUAAACUCGUGAUUGAAUAAAAAUGUUUUUGCUUCUCUUUAUCACACUGGUUUAAGAUCUAUUUUUAAGUUAACCGAUCUCCAUGUUUCCAAUUACACACCCCACACCGCUACGAUUUCACAGCGAACAAAAUUGUUUAUCCACCUAACAAAACAGAGAGUGUCGAGUUAUAUCAGGUGUCUACAUAAUUACCAAAUGUGAAUUUUAUUAGUGAACUUCAUUAUCACUUUCUUUUAAAGCCACUCCAUUGCAAAGAAGUUGUGGUUAUGCUUUUGCUUUGUAUUGUAGAUAGUUCGUUACAGUUUUGAUUCCAUCGUGAUGAAUAUAUUUCUUCUAAUAGUUUUAGCAACUUUCUUGAAUUCUGUUGGAGGUGUUGGUAAGUGUCUCGUUUAUUGCACUUUUAUAAUAGAAAUUAAAAGAAUAGCUAGCUAUAUUGAGAUAAUUCGACCACCAAAACGUGUCAGCAAAGACUGCCAAAUGGUUUAAGUGCUGGACGUUUUAAAAAUGGCGAUGUUACUACAGAAGACAGAUUAAAAAGCGUGUGUUUCAAUUCCUACUUUUUUUUGAUUACUCUGAAGCAGUUGAAAAUGAAAUUUAAAGCAAACACUUUAAAUUUUAAACGGCAGUCUUUAGAAAUUUACAUCCACGUGUUAGAAAAAAGUUUUCAGUUGUUAAUAUUUUAACACCAUCAAGCGUUAAAAUGGUCGGUUUUCAGUGAAAAAAAAAGAUAGUCUAGAAAAACAAAAAAAAAAGUGCAAGUUUAUGAACUGUUGGCCAUAUGCAGACUAAACAAUGAACAAAAACAAAUGUUUCUUCGGAUUAUGUGGGCGUCUUAAUUCUUGAGAAGAUAAUUCCUAGUGGUGCUUUCAUUUUUAACAUCAACUCUGUUAUAUCUUUUUCACAAAUAAUAUGAUUAAGAUGAUACAAUUCAUGAAUAUGAUUUAUUACGCAAAAAGUAAAAUGAAAGAACUCGUCUGUCCGUCAUUUACUUUUGCUCUACUUUAUACCCUUUCCCUCCUAUAGUGAAUGGUGGCUGGUCAGGUUGGUCAGCGUGGAGUGGCUGUGCGGCCGGCAUUUGCGCGGGAAACCAGCGCAUUCGAACAAGAACUUGCACCUAUCCCAUACCAAGUGACGGGGGAGCUUGGUGCACAGGAGAAAAUGCGCAGCAGUUAGAUUGUUUGA